CCCGACGGGUUGCCUACUGUAGUGGUUUUGAUGCCAUCCACACGAAUGGCCGUUGGCGGCUUGGCCGGUCUGGCCGGCGCCGCACUCUUGGCUUGGCGCUGGAGGCGCUCCUGUGCCAAGCUCAAGGAGGCGUCCAGCGGCUCAGGCCGCGGCCAAGUCGAGCGCGCGCGGCCUCGAGCCGCGCCCGCCGCGCCCGGCGUGGACGUCCUGAACGAGCUGCCGCGGGAUCUGGUCUUCGGGGCGCUUGAGCACCUCAGCGUUUGCGACCUCGCCCAGGCCGCCGCGGGGUCGCGGCUGCUGCUGCUGGUAGUGCUGGAGGUGCAGAAGCGGCCCUGUCUGGUGGCGACGUCUGGGGACUGCCUGGAGGAGGUGCUGCAAGUCCGGCGUCAGCUUUUGGCGCCGCCUCGUUUGGGCCUCCUCUUCGGCCUCGAAAUUUCCUCCCAGGCCGAGCGCCGGCGCCUGGCGGCGGCGCUGCCGCCGGACUGCCAGCUCAUCGGCGUGGGCACAGGCCUGGGGCAGAUGCUGCCGUCGGGCGGGACUGCGCCUGCGCAGGGCGAGCUGUCCCUGAUGCUGGGCGCCUUCCCCGGCGCGGAGAUGCAGAGCUUCUUCGUGCCGGCGGAGCGCGCCUUCGACCACGACAUGUCCUUCUUCGGCGCGCCGUCCGGCGCGGACUGGAAGACCGUGGUGCUGAUCCUGGGCUGCAAGCGCCUGUCCGGCACCUUCGACCCCGAGCUCGCGGUGGCGGCCAUGCAGCGCCGCUGCCCCAACGCGGCGGUCAUCGGAGGCAUUGCCAUGGAGGACCUCCUGCUGUGCCGCGACGGGGAUGCCACGUCCUACAGCGGCGGUGUGCUGGGCCUCGCCAUGCGAGGCGACGUGCCGCUCACCGCCCUGGUGUCCCGGGGCUGCAAGACGCUGCACGCGCCCCUGCGCGCGGAGAACACGUCGCUGCGGGAGGAGGAGACGGAGCAGGUCUUUGUGAUCCCAUCCCUGGUGGACAGCAGCGGCUGCGCCCACGAGCCGCUGCGCCUGGCCGUGGCCGCGCAGGCGGGCCAGCGCUUGCCGCUCUUCGCGGGGUUGCGGCCAACCGGGCCUUCCAGAGGCUACCUGCUGGAGCCACUGAGCUCUGCGAGCUUCGGGCGCCAGGGCCUUCGCCUGCCGGUGGAUGCGGACAUGGCCGCCGCCUGCUGUGCCAACGGAUCCGCACCGCGAUGUGAGGUGGGGCUCUUUCAGCUGUGCCCCGAGGCGUGCCGCCAGGACCUCCGGCGCCUGCUGGGCCACCUGGCGCGGCCGGAGAAGGCGGUGGCUCUCGAGGCUGAGGCCGAGGAAGAGACCUUGGGCGCCUUGAUGUUCACCUGCUGCGGCCGGCGGGCGCAGUUCUUCGGGAAGGACCACGUGGACCUCGCCGAGUUUAAGGCCGCUUUCCCUGGGAAGCCGCUGGUGGGCUUCUGGGCCAACGGCGAGAUUGGGCCGCAGGCGCUGGCGCAGGCUGCGCCAGAGGAGGCGACUCGCACGGGCCGCGCGGCCUUGCAGGGCUUCACCGCGGUCUUCGGCGUCUUCCGCGCCCCGCGGCCGGCGAGACGGCCCCUGGACCUCGCAGAUCCGGCGGACUUGGUGAGGCGCCACUUCGCAGCGCUCUUGGAAGUCGCCCAGCGCCGCGGGGAGGUGCUCAAGCAGGGCGGCAAAUCCGCCGCGGAGACCGCCGCGACCCAACGCGUGCUGCAACGCGCUCUGGGAUUGGCGGCGGCAGCCCAGGCCGAUGCCAGCAGGUGACGGCUUUGGCCUGAGUGCGGAGUACUCCGCAGUCGAACUCGCAGCCAGACAUCCGAAAUCGGAGAUCCAGCAGCUAGGUCCCCCAGUAGUGUCCUUUUACCCCC